AAUCUGUUGGAAUGCUCUGCAAUCACACGGACCGCUGCCAUUGUCAGUCUAUGCCAGCGUCAUAACAUCGAGGUUGUGUUGCAACCGCAGGCCCUCUACGUGGCCCACCGAACCCCAGGCUUGGCUGUUUUCGACAUGGACAGCACGCUGAUCCAGCAGGAGGUCAUUGACGAACUCGCACGCGCAGUUGGUCGUUAUUCUCAGGUGUCUGCCAUUACUGAGGCUGCUAUGCGCGGGGAGGCGCCUUAUACUGACUUCGAGGCAUCUUUGCGCGCUCGUGUUGGUCUUCUCGCGGGUGUGCCUGUCUCGAUCUGGCAACAUCUCCGCGCCGGCAUCAUCUCAUUCACCCCGGGAGCUCGUGAGUUGUUACGCGUUCUUCGUAGGCUUGGUUGGAAGACUGCUGUGCUCAGCGGUGGCUUCACACCUCUAGCCGAAUGGGUUCGACAAGAAUUGGGUCUGGAUUACUGCUAUGCCAACCACUUGGUCGAGUCGGAUGGGCAUCUGACGGGCGAACUGGUAGAAGGCAUGCCUAUCAUUCACGCUGAGAAGAAGCGCACUUUGCUUGAAUCUAUUGCUGAGAAAGAGGGUAUUCCUCUUGAAAAUGUCAUUGCUGUCGGCGAUGGAAGCAACGACCUUCUGAUGAUGCACCAGGCUGGUCUUGGAAUCGCUUUCAAUGCAAAGCCAAAGGUUCAGAUGCAAGCUCCGACCAAGAUCAAUGCG